AUGCCUUCACCAACAUUGGCAUGGUUAGAAUCUCCGGAAACCCAACUUGUAAAGCAAGGCGCGGAAGCUAAAGUAUACAAGAGCUUCCUCCAUCCAAACCCAGCAUCUUCCGAACCAAUUCUUCUGAAGUAUCGGUUCAAGAAAAACUAUCGACAUGCGAUACUUGACACAACUUUAACAAAAGCUCGUGUUGCAGGCGAAGCACGAGCACUCAUGAAAUGUUUAAGGUCCGGCGUUCAAGUUCCUGGUAUCCGAAUGGUCGACGCCUCAGAAGGCGUGAUUGGUAUUGAAUGGAUAGAGGGAAAGAGUGUGAGGAGCCUCCUUGGGGCCGAUGAAGAAUCAGACAUACCAGAUGAGAACAUCAACGCAAUAAGUGCUGGUGACGACCCGGAUUCCGUAGUCAGCCACCUUGCUGAAUAUGGACUCGCUCAACCUGAAUUGAUGACCAUGAUCGGUGUCGAGAUCGCAAAGAUGCAUAAAGUCGAUGUUGUACAUGGAGACCUCACUACAUCCAACAUGAUGCUUCGAAAGCGACUUCCCAAAUUCUCACCGGACAAGACAAAAAGCAGAACAGAAGUCAUAUUAAUUGACUUUGGCUUAUCAUUCAUCUCUGCUUUGGUGGAAGAUAAGGCGGUUGAUCUCUACGUCCUUGAGCGCGCAUUCGCAUCAACUCACCCAGACUCUGAACCUUUGUUUGAGUUGGUACUCGAUGCAUACGCAGCUGAAAGCGGGAAGGGCUGGCAAUCCAUAAGUAAAAAGUUGGAUGAAGUUCGGCUGCGUGGACGAAAGAGAAGCAUGGUAGGAUGAGACUCGUGUAAACCUCUACUUUCUGAGAAAGGCAAAAGUAUAUUUGUGCUUUUGUGCUUCUGAGCUGAGAUCUGUUGGCCAUAUGGAGUCAUUGACAAUUUCAAGGACAUAACUACGGAUAUCUGAGUAGUGAAUGCUUCCAAUUACGAGCUAAUGCGGAACAACCUAGCAACAUCCG